UUGGGAAACAAAGAGCCAAAAAGAUAGCACAGUAAGAAAAAAAUUGGGUUUCCACUUUUCCCAUUUGUAAGAAAAUCAAAUGUAUGUCUUUUCAUCAGUCCUUCAGUCCCCUCCUAACCCCACACCAUAACAAACCUACCUAUUUUCUUGAUUUCCCCAAUCCCAAAAACCUCUCUCCUCCCUAUUUCAAUCCCUCCCACUCCCACCUACUCUAAAGUUCUGAUCUUGUUGAUUUUGAUACUGUAUACAUGGAGUUCUUCUACCUGUUCUUGUUCUGAUCAUAAAUUGUUUCACCUUUCUUGCUUUUUGGGGUAUGUGAAGACAGUUUCUUGAAUUGGGAGAAGAAAUCAAAUCUUUUUGGAGAAGCCCAUUUGGUAGAAUUUUUUCUUUUGUUUUUUCUAUAUUGGAAUCAAGAAAAGGGAAAAGGUACUGAGACAAAAAGGGGGCCCGGAGAAAGGAACAGUUCAAAGCUGGUGAAUCUCAGAAAGAAAAAAAGAUGUAUGAAGAAAGUGCUGGUUUUGAUCAGAACAGUUUGCAUGAAGGGGGAGGUUUGGUUCAGGCUGAGGAUGGUUUCUCUCAGACCCAUAUACCAAACUGCAAUAACAACAACCAGAGUUUUUCCAUGGAGGAACAGUCUAAUUACCCUCAGAAUCAGAUGUCCCAACAGGAUGUUGCUUUUUCUGCGCUGGAGAUGGAGCUUCAGCACCAUCUCAAUCUGGAAAUGGAGCAGUGUUACAACAAUACCAGCAGUGGGAAUCAUGAGAUUCAAGAAAUUGUGCAUGAUUCCAACUGGCAAGAAAUGACUAAUUUUAAUGGUGAAAAUCAGUACCAUCAUCAGCAUCAACCUCCUGCUGAUUAUGUCCAAAAUGGCCACCACCACCACCACCAGCAAAAUUUCACCACUGGUUCAUUGCCUGAAACCCCAUAUCCCACCACACCUGAUUUGCUAAACAUGUUCCCCCUGCCCAGAUGCUCACCGUCUUCUUUGCUCCCCAAUUCUUCAAUCACCUUUUCAAACUCAGCCCACAAGUCUCCUGGUUUCUUGGCCUCACUUGGGCUGUUGGGCGAGAUCAAUACUUCCGCAGACGGAUCGUCGGCAUCUGCUGGUGCUGUUGUGUAUGACCCUUUGCUGCCUUUGAAUCUCCCCCCACAGCCCCCCUUGCUGAGAGAGUUGUUUCAUUCUUUACCACAUGGGGGUUAUACGCUUGGAGCCCCAAGAAAUGGAACCCUUUUUGGUGGGGUGGAUGAGAGAGAUGUGAAUGUGGGGUUGUAUCAAAAUGGUGAUCAUGGGAGAUCAUUUGAUCAUAAUGGGGUUUUUGAGUUUACUGCAGGAGAAAUUGAUUGCAUUGGUAAAAAUAGGGAUGGAAAAGAUACUAAACAUUUUGCCACAGAGAGGCAUAGAAGAGUGCUCUUGAAUGACAAGUAUCAGGCUUUGAGGAAAUUAGUUCCAAACCCCACCAAGAAUGAUAGAGCAUCAAUCGUGGGCGACGCCAUCGACUACAUCAAUGAGCUGAAGAGGACAGUGACUGAGCUCAAAGGGUGGGUGGAGAAGAAAAGAUGCAUAAAAGAAAGGCUCAAGAGGCCUAAGACAGAAGAUGAUGCAGUUAUGGAAGGGAAUGAAUCAAAGUCUGUAGGUGAAAUGGACAACCCCUACAACAGCUCAUCACUCAGAAGCUCAUGGCUUCAUAGGAAAUCCAAGAACACUGAGGUUGAUGUUCGGAUCAUCGACGACGAAGUCACAGUCAAGCUAGUUCAACAGAAGAGAAUCAAUUGCCUACUCUUUGUGUCAAAGGUUCUUGAUGAACUUCAGCUUGAUCUCCACCAUGUUGCUGGAGGGCUCAUUGGAGAUUACUACAGCUUCUUAUUCAACUCCAAGAUUUGUGAAGGUUCAAUUGUGUAUGCAAGUGCAGUUGCAAACAAGCUUAUUGAAGUUGUGGAUAAACAGUAUGCAGCAAUCCCUCCAACUAGUAGCUAUUAGAAUAUUGGGAGGCCCUUUUGAUCCUACAAUAUGGUGAAUUAGAGAACUAUAUAAAUAUAUAUAUAUAUAUAUAUUAAUUGCAAGUAUGAGAGAUAUUGGUAAUUAAUUAGGGUGCACUUCAGUUCUAAAUAGUUCAU